AUGUUUUUGAAAGAACACUUUCAGAUCGCUUCUGACGCGAAGGAUUCCGCAUCUCACGCAGCAGAAGAUGCGCGCAAGAAAGCAGAAGAAUUGAUGGGCGGUGUCGACAAGGCAGCCCAAGACGCAAAAGACUCAGCUGCCCAUGCCGUUGCCCGUGCUAAGGAUAAGCUUUCCGAGUUGAGCAGUGAAGUUGAACAGACUGCGCAUAACGCUAAAGAAGCUGCGGCUGAAGGUGUCGAAGAUGUGCAGGAAAAAGCGAAAGGCUGGACCACGUUCGCUGCAGAGGCCGCCGGUGAUGCCAAAGACUCUGCGGCACAUGGUCUAGGUGAUGCCAAGAAUAAGGUUGCCGGCUGGAAAGACGACGCGAAGGACAAGCUGUCAGAGUGGGGUAGCGAAGCUGAGAAGGUGAGAUUACCUGAUAUUGCAACUAAACGAAAGCAGUUCCUUAGGCCAUAG